AUGAGGAUAGCGUUCACUCGACACGUACAACCUCGUCUGUUCUCGCUGCGUCGACAGUCUGGAAGCAUCACGUUGGCGAGAUGUAUUCACAAUCGAACUUAUAACAAGAGGAAAUCUUUGUAUGAUGUGUUAGAUGUACCCCAUACUGCAACGCAGGAUGAGAUUAAAACUGCAUAUUACGAAUUGUCUUUAAAAUAUCACCCAGAUGUAAACAACAGCGAGAAAGCUGAGCACAAAUUUCAAGAAAUCACAAAUGCAUACAAUGUUUUACGUAACUUAACAUCUAGGAGAGAUUAUGACAAGGAGAUUGGAACGUACUUCACUAUGAGAGGUGCAAAGAAGAAGGAAAGCGGAGAGAAGGUUUUGCGGCUGACUGAUGAAAUGUUGGAAAUAGAUAUGCGAGGAAUUAAACAGAGUCAAGUGUUUCUCAGCACAAUUGCAACUUUAAGCACAAUAACCUGCACACCAGUACGACUGAUGAAUGUGUCAGUAUCAGAUGGUGGACUACAGUCACAUGACAUGAGAGUGUUACAGCUGCUGCGGCAAAUCUCCAGUGGGACACUUGCAGCUAAUACAGGACUGUCUAUGGUAACUAAUGUCCCUAGCGAGCUAAUUGGAGGGAAUUUCUCAGCAGAGGCUGGACGACUGGGUCACUUAAACCUGUUGGUCACAUCAGCCCUUCCAUGCUGCCCAUUUUUACCAAUUCCUGAAUACACAAGAUUUAACAGACUUCACAUAAAAGGUUCAACCCAUUCCUACAAGGCAGUCAUUAAUGCAGACUACAUCCAAAAUGUUAUGAAGCCGUUGGUUGGCAAGUUUGGAUUUGACUUUAACUUUGACAUUCGUAAAAGGAGUUAUCAUCCAUACUGGGAGGGUAAAAUAUGUGUAGAGAGUCUCCCAGUUCACUGUCUGACUCCUGUUGUAAUGAAAGAAAGUGGCACUGUGAGGGAAAUCACAGGUUGGGCAUUUGUUGCUGGAGCAAAGCCUGUCAGGAUUGCUCAGGUUAUGGCGAAGCAGGCGCAUCAGAUGUUGAAGACUCAAUUCCCACAAGUCCCGCUGGAUAUCGAUAGCAGACGAGACAGAGACUGUAGAAGUGAAGGGACAGGGCAGGGGCUGAUGCUAAUUGCAAAAAUGUCAUCUGGCGUUUUGCUGUCGGGGACUGCCAUAUGGGAAAAAGGAAUGGCUCCAGUGGAAGUUGUUUCUAAAGCUGUUCAGAUGCUGGUGAAUAAUGUGAACAGCGGUUCGUGCAUCGAUAGGCUGUUACAGGAGCAUGCUAUUUUACUGAUGGCAGUGGCCUGCGGAAGGUCGUCCAUACGGAUGCAGCGGCUCACCAAUCGAGCUAAAGCUACGAUGCUGGCUGUGGAGACGUUUACAGAGGUGGAGUUUAAAAUCAGUUCAAAGACACCGAAGACUGUCUUGGUUGAAUGCGAGGGCCUGGGACUUCUUAAUGAGCACGUGUCGCCGGAUGAAAAUUUGCCAUAUGAAUCAGCAGAUGGCGAACUUCUAUCAGAUGACGAGUACGAAACAUCUGAGGAGCUGGAUUCUGAUAAUGAAACAGUUCGUAGCGAGGAACAGGAUGAUGAACUCGAAAGAAUGAAAAAGACGAUCUGAAUCAGAGGGAAAGCCGAUUUUUAUGUCGGUCGUAAAUGAGCUCUGCAGCUGUAGGGUUAUCCCAGCUUGCCUAGCGGUCUUGUCUAAGGAAGUUACAGUGAGGCAUAACUGUUUUUAUGCCAUUCCGCUUGUAAGACUCGGACUGAUAGCUCAGUCACUGUAUUUACAUGGAAGAACGCAGAAGCGAGCUAGAAAAUGAGAAGAUGUGCGAAAAUAAGGUAGUUUGUGGAUACUUCGAAGGAAUGGAAAAUGUUGAUCGGCUCUGUUCCUGAAAUUCUAAAAUGAAACAACCUACAAAUUCUUGGUAUGUUCCGACGAAGGACUAACGCUCGCAACGUCAGCUUUAGAAACUCUUUACAGUGGACAAUUUACAUUAACAAGAUACAAAUAAAUUAUCGUGCAAUACAACCUUAGCCCAACCGAUGUAGCACCACAGUACCUUAGAAACUCACCCCCCUUACUCCGUUUACUAUGCUCUAUCGACUCGAAUAACCUUAAUACUGCUUCAUCAAGACUCGAGGUCAUGCGGUUGUGUUCCGUUUUACACGUAGAACCUUUGUCUCUAGCGAGUUGGCGUUUUCCCAAAGACAGACAAAUUGUGUGGUUCACUGUGUCCAUUCAAGUUUACCAAAUCUCAGUAUCGGUUCAUUAUCUCACAAGCGUACUAAAGUUCGACAUUCAGUCACCUGCUAUCAUAAACAAAUCUAUAGGGUUUUUUCCUAAUAACUCCACGAAAAGUGGUUUUAAGGUCCUUUAAGAUAAAAUAAUCAUGAAAUUAAAUGGUCUUUUUUACAGAAUUUUUUGGGCUUAAAUAUGCUCUCAGGAGAUUACGGAGUUGACGGAACAGAAGAAAAUUUAUUAUACAGCGACUGAUGUUUUACACUGAAAAUUCAAGUUUUUGCUUUGUAUGAAGAAAUUAGAGGAUCACACUAAUUCGCCCAACUGUGGGAAAUUAACACUGGUGCUAUUAAUUCUAACUUUACGCAGAUGGAUGGAAAAUGUAUAUUUACACUCGAGGGAAUUAUAAAUUUCGUCUAAGUCAGUUCAUCAUUUUUGUAGAGCUUUGGGAGAAACGUUUGUUCAAGUAAAACUUAAUCAGUAUCUACUAGUAAAUCCUAACAAGCUUCUUAAAAAUAGGGGUCAUAAUCGGCCUAGAUUUCGUCGUAUUAUCUCGAUAAGCCCAAAUCGGAUCAAAACAGGUCAAAUAAAACAAUUUAAAGGUAUCGAUAACUUUCUUAUCCGAGCCAAUCAUCUGAGAAUUCAACCGUAUGCUAGUUGAAAUCGAACGACAAUCUGUCGCGUACGGUAAUAAAAGUAUAUAAUCGUCGCCGUGGCAAUAUCUCCUACCACAACUUUUGUUCGAGAACAAUCGAUUUUGCUCGCUUCAUGUGAACAGCGAUUUCAAAACAAAAUGAUAAAACAAAUGUACA